AGUAAAGGACCAAGUGCUCUAGUGCGUCAAUAUUUUUCAUCUGGCUCGCAAAGGACAACACAUUUGUCUUGACUUCUAAGUCGUUUAAUUUUUUGGAGAAUAUAUAUAUAAUAUAUAUAUAUAUAUAUAUAUAUAUAUAUAUAUUUUCUUUUUUAAGGUACAUUUUUGAUGGUGAAUUUGUCGACACGCGGAGGUUGAGUUACCUGUAGAGACUCGUUCACUUGCAGCAGCGACGGAACUAUCAGGGCAGGCCCUAUAGGAAAGAAACCAGAAACACAUGGAUGUCAGCAGGAGGAGGCCCAAUGAUGCUGCCCACGUCAAUCUACUCGGCUUCAGCACCCAAUAGUCAUGUCAGCCAGCUGAGCAGGUACCUUAGCAACCACCACAACACGCCUGAAGAGGACGAUGAGACCAUGAGCUCUAAGGAGCGAGAAGCAAGCGUCGUUCACAAGCCAGACUCCACCCCCAACUCUGAUGGCCACCGCCCACCUCCGGAACACGCCCCCUUUGCUGAUGACUCCCUGUUCAGCAGACAGAGGCUGGACAGAGAGCAGGAACACAAACACAACCACACUCUCCCUGAACCUGGCUCCAGCUCCAGCUUGUACCAGCCUCCCCGCAGCUUGCCUGCCGGGUACAGCCAGCCAACUCCGUUCCCCAGCCAAGCUGACGGCGCCUGGCUCCACCCGAGCUUUGCCAGCAGCUGGUCGGGGUAUCCCAACAGCCUGCCGUCCUCUCUGAACCAGAACGAUUACUCCAGCUGUUCUGGCGAUAGUGGCCUGUCAGGGUACAAGUUUGUGUCCCUGCCUGGCAGACACAGCACCACUAUGAGCAACUUAGAGCAGCCGCUCUCUCUGCUCUCCAAUCCGCCUUCGGGCAACUUGUUCCACCAUACGUUGUCUCCGUACACGUGCUCGCCCCAGGGAGCUGCCUUCUGUGCGCAGUGCCCCGCAGACGCCUUCAACAGGGGGCCUGUGGCCAACACCCCCCCCUGGCCACAGUACCACCCAGCUUACGGCCCGUACUAUCCAGGUGCCUGCAGACUACCUGGAGCUGGAUACACACAAAUUGGCCACAACCCUCCAGCUAAAGAGAAGCACCCCCCUCAUAGCACACCGCUCUCUCUGGAGCAGAGGAGGGUCUUUGUCACUUAUGAAGCGGACAACGACAAGCAUGUCAAUGAGAUCAUCAACUUUGUUGCUUUGCUGCGACACAACGGCUUCGAUACGCAUAUUGAUAUUUUUGAGCAGCAGUUCAGGAGUAUAAGCAAGAUAGACUUCAUGGAGCGGUACAUCAGUGAGAAAGAGUACCUGAUCAUCAUCAUCAUCAGUCCCAAGUACUAUGAGACGGUGACGGCCUCCCCGGUCUGCCUGGUGAACGACGAGAGGACCUUUAACACCGUCUACAUACAUAAACAGCUUCAGACUGAGUUCAUCCAGAAUGGAAGCAAGAAUUUCAGGUUUAUUCCCAUUGUGUUCCCCGGGGCUAAAAAGUGUCACGUCCCAAACUGGCUCCAAAACACACACGUUUACGAAUGGCCGCUCCAUCGGGAUGACAUUCUACGGCGGCUGAUGAGGGUCGAGAAGUACAAUCCACCUCCCAUCGGGGAGCUACCGACUAUCGUUUCCAUCCCCAUAUAGACACCUCUGACCUGAAGACACUGACUGAAGUCUUUGUGUGUGUG